ACAUAACAAGCUCCCCCUUCCAAAAAAAAUUGGGACAAUUAAAUUCCACUCCGAGGACGUAUGCUCUCAACCCCAAGACGUUCCCCAACUAUGGUCCGGCGCAGUUCCAUUUGGCUGCUAUGCGUCCUUGCGCAGGUGGCCACGGCGAUCUAUCUCCCCAUAUCACAGUCAUGCACACCGGACAAGACGGCGAUACGUAGAGAAUGGGGGGAAAUGGCUCCAGCUGAGCGAAAGAGCUAUACCGAUGCCGUGCUAUGUAUGACUCGAAAGCCUCCUCGACUUUCAACUGCAGAAUACCCUGGGGUUCGCAGCCGAUUUGAUGACUUUGUUGCUACACACAUCAACAACACCCUCCACGUCCACUAUAGCGGGUUGUUUCUUCCGUGGCACCGCCGUUUCACCUGGCUAUGGGAGCGAGCUCUCCGAGAAGAAUGUGGCUAUACAGGCUAUCUCCCAUACUGGAACUGGCCUCUUUGGACAAACGACCUCAAGAAAAGUCCCCUGUUCGACUGCAGCGAGACUUCCCUCUCUGGCGAUGGAGAAUACAACCCGGAUGAGCAACCCAUAUCCGGUGGCAACAUGACUAUCCCCCGUGGUUCGGGUGGAGGCUGCGUCAGAUGCGGACCCUUCAAAGACCUACAGAUUCAUCUCGGCCCAUUCUCUCGCGAUCUGACUUCAUUUACCGAGAUCCCUUCCCCAAAAUUCGAGUACAACCCACGCUGCUUCAACCGAAGCCUAAACAACUUCGUCACAUCACAUUAUAACAACGAGACUAUUGUUUCACGUCUCCUAGCCUCGACAGAUAUUGUUGAUUUCCAAACGGUUAUGGACCAUUGGCCACCGCGGCCAGAUGGUGUCCUGGGUGUUCACGGCGGAGGGCACUUCAGCCUUGGGGCAACCAUGCAAGAUUUAUUCGCGUCGCCGCAGGAUCCAGCAUUCAUGCUGCAUCAUUGUAUGAUUGAUCGGUUAUGGGCGAUGUGGCAAAGCAGAGAUGAGAAGAACAGACGAUAUGCCCUUAAUGGUACUACGAACAUUCUGAACCCGCCUUGGGGCCAGCCGGUUAUGCUAAACACGACGAUGGAGUUCGGGGUACUAGAUCGGCCGCGUAAGGUCCGUGAAGUGAUGAAUCCUACGGGAUAUGGGCUGUGCUAUACAUAUACUUGAUUUCUGUUUGAUCUAGACGUGUUGCACAUAAUUGUGGACGGUAUUUUGUUAUAUAGAAGCAUAGCUCUUCCGAGUGAAUAUUAAUUUUAAUGACGUGACAGCAUCUCUAUUCAAGAUCAGCUGUAAACAGAC